UUUAGUCCCACAUCGAGAGGCAAUCCUCACCUUACAAGCCGGUUUUGUAAGAAUGAGUUAAGCCUCAAUAUUCAUGACGGUGCAUGUCUUUCUUUUUUUUUAUUACAAGAAAAAAAUGCACUUCGUUGUUGAAUUGGCUUUUAGUGGAGAAGUGUCGCAGAUCUUCUGUGACGAACUAACGCCUGAAAAUUGUUUGAAAUUCUAAAAGCAUUGGUACAAAUACAAGAGAAAUGAAUAUCAGUGCUCUAAAUUUAACAUAUAUUCGUUUUCUUUUACUUUAGUCGAUCACAUCAAAUUUUGAUUAUCUAGGUCUUAAAAGCAUUCCUGAACUUUUACUUAAAGGUAGCAUGACAUUGUCGUCAUGGUUUUGAACAUUUUUGUAAACCAUGCACUUAUACACCUUAAUAAUCGCCGCGAUCUCUAUCCAUUAUAUACAACUUCUAAUCAAGUACACGUAUGUAUGUCUUGUGAUGGUUUUCUGCAUAGGUAUGCAGUUGUGACAGGAGCAAACAAAGGAAUAGGAUUUGCAGUAUCCAAACAAUUGGCUUCUAAAGGGAUCACUGUUGUGCUUACUGCAAGAGAUGAAAACAAAGGUCUUGAAGCUGUUGAGAAAUUGAAACAGCUUUCUUUGCCUGGUCUUGUGCUUUUUCAUCAACUUGAUGUCACAGAUCUUGUUAGUAUAAGAUCAUUUGUAGAUUUUAUCCACAACCAAUUUGGAAAACUAGAUAUCUUGGUAAACAAUGCUGGAAUUUCUGGAGCACAUGUUGACGGUGAGGCUCUGGCUGAUGCUAAAACUGCGGCAAAUGGUGGCCAGAUUGAUUGGAGGAAAGUAAUAAUUCAAAGUUAUGAACAAACUGAAGCAGGUAUUAAAACAAACUACUAUGGACCAAAGGAAUUAACAAAAGCACUUAUUCCCCUUCUCCAGCUUUCAAGCUCCCCAAAAGUUGUCAAUGUUUCUUCAUCCAUGGGAAAGUUGGAGGGAAUUCCAGAUGGAUGGCCUAAGGAAGUACUAAGUGAUGUUGAAAACCUUACAGAGGAGAAAAUUGAUGAAGUUUUGAAUCAAUAUCUAAAGGAUUUUAAAGAGGGUUCAUUAGAAAACAAAGGUUGGCCUAUUAGUGAAAUGUCUACAUACAUUAUCUCAAAAAUUGCUCUAAAUGCCUACACAAGAGUUGUGGCUAGAAAGUAUCCAUCAAUAUGCAUCAAUGCGGUUUGUCCUGGCUUUGUGAAAACGGAUCUAAACUACAAUAUAGGUUAUCUAACACCUGAUGAAGGCGCUGAAUCGAUCGUGAGGUUGGCAUUGUUACCUAUUGGUGGUCCAUCUGGUCUCUUUUUCAUUAGAAAGGAAGAGAAACCAUUUUGAUCAAGGAUUAUAUACAGCGAAUCAUGGGCUGAAAGCGAUCACACUGUAUUUAAAAUUUCUACUUGUUAGGCGCUUGAGAGAAUAAAAAGUUUGCUUUGUUGUGUAGCUAGUUAAUAGCGUUUAAAAACGCGAUUAAUUUAGUUGAAUAGAUGAUUGUAACAUAAUAUCACUAUGAAAUAUAAGUGACGCUUGCAAUGAUGCAAGAUCUAAAA